GCAAGAGUUGUCGCUCUUUUAUAACUGAACAUGAGUGGAACACAAAAAGGAUUGCAGUUUAUAAAACAAGUAGUAGAAGCAAGCGUAAAAACAAGAUGCUUUGAAAGUGUGUUAAACAAGGUUAAAGUUAUAACUGGUGGAAAUGGACAAUGCGUAUGUGAAAUGAUCGUCACUGAAGAUGAUCAGAAUCGUGGUGGUACAUUGCAUGGAGGUAUGACUGCAACAUUAGUGGAUGCUGUGUCUACAUGGGCACUUCUUACAUCCGAAAAACAAGUUGCUGGAGUGAGCGUUGAUAUGGGAAUCUCAUAUAUGAAGGCUGCUAAAGUUGGAGAGGAGAUACUGAUUGAUGCCAAAACGUUAAGAGUAGGCAACAGAUUAGCGUUUUUGACCGUUGAUAUAACUAGAAAAGCUGACGGAACAUUACUAGCACAGGGAAAACAUACUAAGUUUAUAGGAUCAUGACCUAUACUGCAGAUUGCGUAAAUCUAAAUGUUCUUUCUUUUUUUUAUAUUCAUAAAAAAAUAGAUCAUCAGAAAUAAACAUAAAUUGUCAGUAUUUCAAUUUGAUCUCCAUUUGACAGCGGAUCAUCUUAAUACCGAUAUCUCGUCUCACUCUCUGUACGUAAGGGAAUCUUCACAAAUUUUUAAAACUGUAUGGUUUUUUUUUGGGGUCCAUAGUUCGCCUGUGCAAAUUAAAGUCCGUCAUUCCUAUUGUUCCACUUCGCAGAACCAACAUUUUGAUGUGUUUUCUGCCCGAAUAUGCUAAUGGACGUUAAGUUAACUACAAUUUUAAGAUUAUUAUAUAAAUCUAUUAUCAUGAACAUUUCCAGACGUAGAGCGGCAAUUUUUGUUCUGGAAAAAAAUCAACUGUCACGCAGAUAAAUUAUGCACAUUUGUUUGUCAUUAAUUGUCUGCUUCACUUAAUGUUUCAAAUAUAUAACUUACCUGUCUGGAAGCUGUUUAGAUAAGUUUAUCUGGUAAUACGUCAAUAGCUAAAAAUCCAUCAAUUUUAGUAAUUUGACUAAACAAUAGCCAUGUAUUGUGUAAAAACUUUACCCAUAAAUACUAACAUUGAUUCGAAAAAGAAUGAAUGGACUAAGAUAAUUAUACAUUUAAGUUGCAUAACUCACAAAGAGAAAAUAAAAUUGCACGAGGUUUAUACAAAAGAGCUUUUUACAAAAUUUUAUUCAUGGGAUUCAUAUAUUAGCU